AUGUCUCUCCAGGUUGACGACCGAGGCCGUCGCACUCGUUCGCGCUCACCGGGCCGUCGCGAGCGCAGUCGGAGCCCCGCGGUCCCCGCCAUGGUUGAUCCCCCGCGCGCGCCCAGCUAUGCUUACCCGGAAGACGACCUCGAUGGUGGCAGAUAUGGACGUGAAAGGGGAGGCGCCAACGUCGUCACCGCAGAGCCGGGCGCCAGCCGCGCCAUGUCCGGAGCCAUUCCUUACCCAGAGGACGGCAGCGACGCAAUGUUUCCAGGCACCAGGUCACUCUACGACUACGACGACCCGCGCGGCAGUAAUCCUGCUUACCGUCCGCCCCCAUCCCCGCAAGACAACUACUACCGCAACUCGCGCGAAAAGUACGACGAGCCCCGCGAUGACGACAAGCUCAAGUAUCUGCCCGCAAAGUACAGCAGUCACGGUCGCAGCAACAGCAAAUACGGCAACGAGGCCGAAUACGCGCCUCAAAAGCCGCCUCGCCCUGACGCGGGCGACCUGUACCCCCCAGCGAAGCCCCCUCGCCCUGUGUCGCCCGGCGGCUACGCUUACGCUCAGCCGCAGCCCUACGAAUACGCAAAGACCGACGACAAGGCCAAGAAGAAGGAGGAAAAGAAGAAGGCUCUGGAGGAGAACCUCGCAUACGGCUUCGACCCCAAUGCUUCUAGACCAGGCGGCCUCGCCCCUGAGCCCCGAUACUCUGGUCGCGCACCGAGUCCAGGGCCACAGAUCUCAGCCGGCGCCGCGCAGUACUACGCCAACGACCCGCGCGUCUCGUCCAAUGUCUUGACGGUCGAACCCGGCAGCCGCAGGCGGGACAAGUCGCCCCAGCCGCCUACUCACCGCAUGUCGAACCUAUCUGUAAACACUGGCCACCACUCCAUGAACGUGAGCAUGUCGCUAGCCAACGCACCGGGGUCGCCGCUGCUGGAGUCGUACCACGGUACCUAUCAGGACAUGUCACCCAUGCCGUCACCCAUGCUGCUCCCCUCAUCACACGACCUGCAGGUCAUGGAGCCCCUCUCGCCAAUCGGCUCCGACGAUGAGGGCCGACGACGCCGCCGUGCGCGGUUCCACGACAUUGAGGACGAUGCGUCGAGAAUCGCAAAGGCGCUACGCAGCGACAGGAAAAACCCGGACCCGGAGCCUUUGAUUGAGAUCCUCCCCGGCCUCACCCAUGACCAGGUCAUGGACCUCCGCAAGGAGUACAAGGCCCUCGUCAAGACGGGCGCCGACCGCAAGGGCGUCAACGUCGCCAAGCACAUCCGCUCCCGCCUCAAGGACUCCGACCCGAACCUGAUGAAGGCCUGUUACGCCACGGCGCUCGGCCAGUGGGAGAGCGAGGCGUACUGGGCCAAUUUCUGGUACCAGGGCGACAAGACGCGCCGGGAGCUGCUCAUCGAGUCGCUCAUGGGCCGCACGAACCACGAGAUCCGCCUCAUCAAGGACGGCUUCAGCGAUAAAAAGUACGACAACAGCCUGACAAAGUGCAUGAAGACGGAGCUCAAGGAGGAUAAGUUCAAAAAGGCCGUGCUCAUGGUGCUCGAGGAGCGCCGGAUGGAGGAGUAUGAUCCUUAUGGUCGCCGCCUGGCUAUUGACUAUCACUCGGUUGAGGACGACGUCUCGGACCUGCGCAAGGCCGUCAAGUCGGAAAAGGGCGGCGAGUCGCUCAUGAUUAGCAUCGUCGUGCAGAGGAGCGACUCACAUCUGCGCGAGGUGCUCAAGUUGUACGAGCGGACGUACCGUACCAACUUUGCCCGCGAUGCGCUCAAGAAGAGCGGCAACCUAGUGGGAGAACUCCUCGCCCACGUCCUCAACGGCGUCAUCAACAGACCCGUUCGCGACGCUCUGCUAGUCCACCACGCUCUCACGGCAAGCCGCAAAGAUGACCUGCGCCGCGAGCUGCUCAUCUCCCGCCUCGUCCGCUUCCACUGGGACCGUCACCACCUCGAGGCUAUCAAGCGCGCCUACCGGGAGCGUUACGGCCGCGACAUGCAGGAGGCCGUCCGCGAAGGCACCAGCGGCGAGUGGGGCAUGUUCUGUCGGGAGCUGUGCAUCUAUCGCAUGCCCGACCAGGUGAAGAGCUACGAAAAGGUGCCGGCGCAGGCCUUCCGCGAGCUUUUCACCGUGAAACUUGCUCCAUGGUGUAAACCCUCAUCACGACCGUGGGUGACCCUGAAAUCGAACAGCCUUCACAACCUCAUCCCUCCUAGCAACGGCCGUCUCCCCCAGAGCAUACGAACUCCCCUGCGACCGAUCAUCCAUCUCCCCAACCCUCUCGCUAACAUCCGAUCUCCUCUCCCAGCUCCUCGCCCGUCUCCUACUUCCAGGUUCGACAUUACCCCUUCCUCGAUCAUCGCCGCGCCGUUGAUCAUGAUGAUACCCGCCGCCACGAUCUACACCACGCUCAUCACCGCGUCGUCCGUCGUCAUAUCCGCCACCGCCCCUGAACUCCCGCACCCCUUCAUCCCCACGGCCGCCGUGCAUAACAUACCCAUCCCUCCUAUCUCCGCUAACCCCCCUCCUCACACUCCGGCUUCGACUCCGACUCCUAUCCCUACUCACAGUCCUACUUCUGCUCCUCGUCAAACUCCUGCUCCUACUCCUACCCCUCUCACCCCCCCACCUCCCGUCAUCACCCUCGCGCCGAACAUACACAUGCCGAACCCUCUCACGGAAGUACCUCCCUCCAUCGCGAGAUCUACUUCUUGCUCCAUCCUGUGGCCUUCUCCACUCCUCAUCGCGAGAUCUGCUUCUCCGAGGAGGGGGAGGAGAAGCCUCAUACUUCUUAACUGGUGA